AUGGCGGCGUCGGGGGCUCUGUCUGCCGCGGCAGCAGCAGCGGCCCUGUCGGGCGUGGCAGUGCGGCUGGCGCGCUCAGCCGCGAUGCGCAGCUCGUACGGUGCCUUCUGCAAGGGGCUCACGCGCACGUUGAUCACCUUCUUUGACCUGGCCUGGCGUCUGCGCAUGAACUUCCCCUAUUUCUACAUCGUGGCCUCGGUGAUGCUCAACGUGCGCCUGCAGGUGCGGAUCGAGUGAACGCCAGCUACCACCUCCACCCGGCCGCGAUGGCAGGGGCAUCGGCAUGAAGGGUCAUGGGGCCGUGGGCCACCGGGACAUGCCAGGGAAGGGGCGGCCCAAGCCUCUAGGCCCUAGACCUCCGCGGAGGACGCAGCCACAGAGCUCCGGCUCUGGCCAGCCACGUCGCGGCCGGUGACGAACUGCACAGAAAACUAGUGAAAAGGGCCCUUUCCGUCGGACUCGAGAAAAUUAUCUGCGUGCAGCCGACCUGUUGCCUCACUUUGGCCGAAGGGGGCAGCAGAAGGAAGAAAUUCUUCAAUAGAAACAUGAAUGACUGACCCUGACCCAAAAGGCUGCCCCUCCUGCUAGGAUCACCCAGGAGCAGCUGCUCUGGAUGGGCCUGCAGCGGUCCUGGCUGUGCUGCUGACUGGUGCACCAGGAGUGGCACUGAGGGGAGCCGGGAGAGGCCCUGGCCCUCACCCCCCAUCCCAGAUCCACAUCUGCUCCCUCACUGAUUGCUCGGGGUCCUGGUCCUCAGUUCCUGGGACUAAGAACCACAGCAGCCUGGUUGCCCCGGCACAGAGGGGCAGAGCCUCACACCAUGUGCCCUCCUCAACCACCCGGGUCUCGGCUGAAGAUCUCUGCCUGCCUCACCCCGAGGCCUGAGGCUGCACCCAGGCCACCACAUGCCCCCCGCAGAUUCCCACAGACGGAAGGGUCCUGAUGGCUUCCUCCCUUGUGCCAAGUUGCCUGGAAACCCCUGGUCUUGGUGGCCCCUCCUCCACCCCAACUGUGUCCCUCCAGGACCACUUCUGGGAGACUGCCAGCCUUUGGACUGCAUCCCUGGAGCUCUGGGGACAGCCUCUGAGAGACUGUGACAUGGGGCUGCAUGGGAGGAGAGGAGCGGAGGACCAGGGGCCUCCUUGGGGCUGAUGCACAAAUGUGUGCGCUUUUCAAGUUCACAUCUCACCGUCUGGGUUACUGUAUCCCCAGCUGUAGCCUCUUCCUGGGCCAUUUUGAGAGGGUCUGCAGAGGGCACUAGGGAGGGUCUUUACUUAAUAUGUGUGUGCCUGUGUGUGAAUGUGUGUGUGAGUGCGCAUGUUGAGUGCAUGUGUGAGUGUGGGGAUGUGUGUGCAAGUUUACAUGCACAUGCGUGAGGGCUUGAGUGUGUG